CGACAAAGGUCGAGAUGCAUGGUCAGUGGUUGCUUUGAAUCGAAUUUUCGCGGUCGCAAGUGGGGUGAAAAAGCGUAUAUUGGGGCGAAAGUAGUUGUAGAAACCGCCAUGCUCGUGGAUUUUAUGUGCUGGGAGUAAAGAAAAUAUUUGUCCACGAAAAAUAAACUACUAUGCUGUUUUUGUUUAGAUCGAGGUGCUAAUGAUCUCAAUUCCCUGUCGUGGUUCCUGAAUCUUCCGCGCAGUCGCUUCGUGUAUAAGCUCGCACUUGAUCAAGAAAAUCACGACAACAGUAGAAGGAGCAUGGACCAUGUGGCACAUCUGCAGGCGGAAGCCGAAAGCCGGGAAGGCGGAUCAGCCCCUCUUGCUGCGCAACUAGUACUCGCUUUCGCAGUUGUGUUGGUACCGAAAUUUGCAAACGUUCACGUUGUGCUCAUCGGAACCUCUUCGAUUGCGUCUUGCCUCUAUGAGUACUCAAUUUGGAUUCAACGCUUAGGGUUGAAAUCGUUAUUGCACUGCAUAGAAUCAAAAUCGCACGGCACCUGCACAAGGAUAGCAGUUUGAUGGUGCAUAACAAGGCAGUUCUUUGCUCUGCACCGCCAGCGCGCCAUUCCCUUGUCGCUGUAGCACCUACAUGCAGAGGGGAGCAAAUUGAAUUUCAAAAAUAAAUGUGAUACCAAAUAAACUAAGCUGCCCUUACUUUUCCGGCGAGCCUACAUGCAGCGGGCGAGCAAAGACGUUCGGGGCGAGAUGGAAAUUUCCAGCUUGGCAAGGCGACGCGCUGAGGAGCUCCGAGAAAAGAAAUUUGCGGAAGAGAUAGAUGACGGCGAUGCCCUGGAAGUAAAUUAGCACCCAGCUAUGCUGUUUGUGUUUCCAACUGAAAGCCCAAGAGACAGUACGUCGCUGGGUGGGAAAUGCCUGAAAGCGACCACGUCCGUGUACCUUUAUUGACUCCCUGCCUGGUUGUUCGGUUCAGCGACCUGAUGUGGCGUGUUCCAUCCUGAUGUAAGCGUGGUGCGCUUGUGAAAAGAUCCACUCCUGCUUCGUUGGAAGCCGGAAGAUCGUGUCGCAGCCUGAAAAAACAAUAUGAUCAACCAUGUUGGCGUCCACAGGCGUUGUUCCCAUUCUUUGACUUUCGUUUGUGCUUACUGAUUUGCUUUUCU